AUGGAAGAAAGAACUCGGAGCGUUGCGGAUGGGCUGUGAGGAGUGCGGUAAACUUGCACGGUCGGGAGGGGUGGUCGCCGCCUUUUGGACUCAUUAUUGUCUGAAACGCAACGCGCCGCUCGUUUCUCUCUCCCAGCGAAACGGUUUUUGUCCAGCUUAGAUUCUCUUCGGCCUACUUGCACCUGGUACCUGAACGACUUCAUUUUAUAAAAUGAUCGAAAAUGAGGAAAUGCGUUUUAAAAUGCCAUGAAGAAGAAUUUGAAAAAUGGAUCUAAUAAAGCAAUAGAGAUCUUUUCACGAAUAAUGUGAACGUGAAGUCGAAGACCGUGUUCGUUGGUUCAUUUCAGCACUGCGAGGUUCACUCCAGUCUUUUUCAAUUUACGUUUUCGGUUGCAUGAGUUAAGUCGGGAUUGAAGUUUUCUAUUUUGAUAGAAUCAAGUGAAAUAUCCUCUCAAGAUAAGUACAAAGCUUUUUAACGUAUUUCUUGCGGAGACACGUUAAACUUGGUGUAUCGCUCACUCUGCAUUUUCCGAUAAAAUGAAGGUGCGAUUGGCUUUGAGAGCUUUCAGGGUUUUUGGCGGCUCAAAGUAGGGUUUCAAAGACGGGACAAAAAAGUCUGGAAACUUUUUAAAUCUUCAAAUGUAGAAAGAAACGAAGAAGAGGCAGUUUCAGGCCGAGUCGAAAUAUCCAACCCCUGAUGACCAUCGACCAAGAACGUCGUCCGGCCCACACGUCAGAAGGUCUACAUGGUGACACGUCACACGCGAUUCAAGGGACCGCCAAAGAAGCCGAUUUGCUACCAACUUCUGGUCAACAGUCGGAAUCGAGGAAUAACGGACUUUUCAAGCGCUGCUUACUGCCCUCACGACCAUACAUCAGGUCCAAUGUUCACAGCUUCAAGGAUGGAAUGAUCCUGAUCAUCGAGGACAGGAAUACAACCUCAGUGACCAACAAACGCAUAUAUAAUGUGAAUAAAGAUAUACCUUCAACGAAAUAAUCAAAUCAAAAUGUUUAAUGUAUUUUGGUUUGUUGACGACGACAAAGUAAGAAAAAUUUUGCUGAAGACCACAAGAUUUUUAUGCUCAAAGACAACAGAUCCAUUCGCACAAAGAAAUUGUAAAAUCUACGGAUGAGAUCUGAUCGAGUGGCUGCAAAACACAAAAAUAUAAAAGUAAAUCAGAAAAAUGAGUUUUUGCAUUUGAAAAAUCAGUGAGUAUCUUGAAAGCACUAUGUGAAAGUAUUUACUGCGAAUUCGUGAUGAAUAACGACGGCGUCAGCAACAGUCCGCUGGACGAUAGGCGACAAUCAAAAUGUCGUGGAGUUUUAUUCCUCGAAUCGAGACAAAACAAUCAAGUUGUAGAGUUUUACUAUGCGGAUGCUUGCCGAGCUUAUUGCGUCAAAGAUUGGAUGUGCCACGAACAACGUUCUGAUGUUCGAUUUGGGAAUAGUAUGCAGCGAAAUUUCGUCACUAUGGACCUAUACUUUGUUUUCAAAAGAAUUCAAAAACAUCUAAGGCAUAUUCGAAAUUUAGGACCCGAGCUACAGAGUGA